AACAACAACCAUAUCAAUAAUUAUUACUAUUUUUUUUUUAAUUUAAAUUUUAUUUGUAAUUAAAUAUAAGAAAUAAUUUCAAUAAUAAAUAAUAAUGUGUGGAUGUAGCGGUGACCGAAGUUGUGGCUUGGCUUUGAUGAGUUGUUUCUCCUUUGGAUCUGAGAACAAAAGCUUUGGUCUUCUUCCUUCUGAAUCUGUAAUCGUAUCAAACAAUCAAAACCCCAAAACAAGCAUAUAAUUACAAUUAUACCAUCGUCAUCCUUCGUCUCAAUUAUUAGACUCUUCUUUCUCUCUCUUUCUCUUUCUCUAUCCUUCUCUGGUUUUCGACUCUUCUCACUCUCUUCCCCUUUUUCUCUUUCUCGAAGCUCCCAUUUAUUUCUUUUUUAUUUAUUUAUUAUUAUUAUUUUUUAAGUUCAAAUUACCUAUUUUUUCUGCUCGAUCUUCUCCUCGUAUCUCUUUUUUUUUUCUCUUCUAGAUAAAGCUUCCAUUUUCAUACCUUUUCCUUUUUCUCUUUUCUCUCUCACUGUCUCUUUGUGAAGAUAUAUAUAUAUGUGAGAUAUAUAUGGAUUGUUUGUUGAUGCAAAUUGAGAUUCGUUUUUUGUAAUUAUAUAUUGUAAAUAUUCGAUCUGCGACAAGUUUUUUAUUGAAGAUCAGUAAACAUUUCUGGUGUUGUGUGUGGGAAGAAGGAGGGAUCAGAUUUUGGUUUGUGAUUGCUCCAAGAAGGAGCUUGAUUAGGAAAGAGGUCAAAGUUUGGUGUUGAGAGGUUGUUUUGUUUUCAUUUUUGAGAAAUUAAGAGAAAAAAAGGGUUUUGCUCUGGGAAAUGUUGUAUUUGAAGCAGCCCAACUGCAUUGUAUAUGUAUGGGGAUUGAGUUUGGGUUCAUUAGGCGAAUAAAUUUUUACUUGAAUAGUUUUUGUAUAAUUCUAUUUGGCUUAGAUAAUUGCAUGCUCUGCUGAUAUUUUCCCUGAGCCGGAGGCUCGGGGGAUCUGAACCAUCCAUGGCUUCCUCCAAUGAUGAGCCCUCCAUUCAUUCAGAAGAGCGUCUACCUCCCCCUGACCAUGCCUAUAUGCAGAAAUUCAGGCUCUAUGAAACUCGAUCGAACUUUUACAUGAUAGGAAGGGACAAGAGUAGAACAUAUUGGAAAGUGUUAAAGAUUGACCGGCAAGAUCCUUCCGAACUAAACAUUCGUGAAGAUUCAACCACAUAUACAGAAUUAGAAUGUUCUGACCUGUUGAGGCGGAUACAUGAAGGAAACAAGUCCAUAGGUGGACUUAAAUUUAUUACUACUUGUUACGGGAUUGUUGGGUUCGUCAAGUUUUUGGGGCCUUAUUACAUGCUUCUGAUCACAGAAAGAAGACAGAUUGGUGCAAUAUGUGGUCACUCAGUAUAUGCUGUGUCGAAGAGUGAAAUGAUUCCUCUUUCAAAUUCUGCAUUUCGUGCCAGUAUCACAGAUUCUAAAAAUGAGAACAGAUACAAGAAGCUCCUAUGCACAGUGGACCUUACGAAGGACUUCUUCUUCAGCUACUCAUAUCAUGUUAUGCGUAGUCUUCAAAAGAACAUGUGCACUAGUACAUCAGGACAUGUACUCUAUGAAACCAUGUUUGUUUGGAAUGAGUUCUUAACUCGUGGAAUACGGAAUCAUCUCCAGAACACUGUCUGGACAGUUGCGUUAGUCUACGGCUUUUUCAAACAGGCUUCCCUCUCUGCAUCGGGACGUGACUUUAAACUGACUCUCAUUGCAAGACGCUCUCGUCAUUAUGCUGGUACCAGGUAUCUCAAACGAGGUGUGAAUGAAAAGGGCAGAGUAGCUAAUGAUGUCGAGACUGAGCAGAUUGUAUUUGAGGAUCUGCCUGAUGGAUUUCCUGUGCAAAUAAGUUCUGUCGUUCAGAAUCGCGGCUCAAUCCCUCUUUUCUGGUCACAAGAAACUUCACGUUUGAAUAUCAAACCAGAUAUUAUAUUGUCAAAGAAGGACCAGAACUAUGAGGCUACUAGACUUCAUUUUGAGAAUCUUGUCAAGAGAUAUGGGAACCCCAUAAUUAUUUUGAAUCUGAUUAAGACACAAGAAAAGAGGCCUCGAGAGUCUAUACUUCGAACAGAGUUUGCAAAUGCAAUUGACUUUAUCAAUAAGGAUCUAUCUGAAGAAAGCCGUCUUAGAUUCCUUCACUGGGAUUUGCAUAAACAUUCUAGGAGCAAAGCUACAGAUGCCUUGCUACUUCUUGGCAAGGUAGCUGCUUAUGCAUUGACACUAACAGGUUUCUUCUACUGUCAAGUAUCGCCAUCCUUGGAAACUGACUUCUCUACUGAGAGCUCUUCCUCUGAGGAAGUAGACAAUGGUGAGUUGUCCCCCAAAAAUCAUUAUGACGUAAAUAAUAAUGGGGAUGCUAAUAAGUUUGAGGUGAAACCUAUUGGAGACGGCAAUACUGGAAACGAAAAUCAUUCAGGCAAGCAACCCAUGUUUCAAAGGGGGGUGCUGAGAACCAAUUGCAUAGAUUGCUUGGAUCGUACAAACGUUGCACAGUAUGCAUAUGGAUUGGCUGCACUGGGACACCAGCUUCAUGCUUUGGGAGUGAUAGACAAUCCAAAGAUAGACCUUAAUGAUCCUUUGGCUGAGGACCUGAUGAGUUUUUAUGAGAGAAUGGGGGACACAUUGGCACACCAAUAUGGUGGCUCAGCAGCUCACAACAAGAUAUUUUCUCAGAGAAGGGGGCAAUGGAAAGCGGCAACUCAGUCUCAGGAAUUCUUCAGAACUCUUCAACGUUAUUACAGUAAUGCAUACAUGGAUGCAGAGAAGCAAGAUGCUAUUAAUGUAUUCCUUGGGCAUUUCCAACCACAGCAGGGUAAACCUGCACUCUGGGAAUUAGAUUCAGACCAACAUUACGAUUCUGGGAGGGAUAGAGAUGAUGGAAGGUCUAUUUUCCAAAGAUCUCUAUCGGAUGGAAACAUUCUUCAUCAGUGCAUCUCACCCACAUCAGCUAGAAAUGGCAAGCAGGAUAAAUUUUCUGACUCAGUUUUACCUGAGGAAUCACAAGACAAGAAGGUUCUAAGUGAAUCAUCUCCUGAAAUAUCAACCUGUGAGAGUGAUAUUACUAACUAUUCAAGGUAUACUCCCUCAAUGCCUCGCAGACAACUUUUUGGGGAUAUUCAAAGAGAUCGCGGCCAUGAAAACGAUCAAGUGUACUUUGUUGAACAUGAUAUGUCAAACUUCUCAAACUUUCUUGACCUGGACUGGCUAUCUUCUUCUGGGAAUUCAUGUGAAGAAGAACCUUAUGAGAGGUCAUCAAUGCUCACAAGCUCUCCAAUAGAAGGACUAUCAUCUGAGAAUGUCAUCAAUGGAAUAAUGGGAGAAUCUACCCCAUCCACAAGUGAAUGUGGAUCCACCUCAAAGGAGAGAGAACGAACUGAAGCAGAAGCAGAUGUGGUUUAUGGACGCAGAUCCAAUGUUCUCGAGGAGUAUUCUGAUAGCUUUGUUCAUUGGGUGGACUAUGGAGAGACACUGUGCCAUUAACCCAAGAUAAUUUUUUUCCCAAACGACGCACCAUUUUCGUGCUACCAUUCUCUUUCAUUUGAUUCAAUAUGCUCGGGAAAUACCGAUAGACGAUUCAUAAGCUAAAAUCUUCCCUUGCGUCACCGGAUAAGGAACUAUAGAAUGCCUCAUGGCACAGAAACAGAGCGAGAAUGACAUCUCAAGAGGCUGACAUUCUUUUGAGAGAAUGAUUUCGUAGAAGCAAUAAUCCUAGCUCACAUGUAUGAUGAGUUAACAUGAUUGAUUUCACCGUGAAAAACAUCAGUCGGAACCGAUACAAAAAGUACAGAAGAGUAAAUAGUUUACAGUUAAUUUUUUUCCCCUUUCUUUCUUCCCCUUUUUAGGAGCUUUUCCUUCCCUCAGUUGGUGGUGACUAGGUUUUCUUAAUCACUGUAAAUAUUUUUCAACGUAUUCGCCAGAGCUCAACUUUUAGUAUUUCAGGUCUAUGAUUCUUUAUAUUGCUUAAUCCUAAUUCAUGGUGAGGGGGUGGGGUGCUGCUAACAAUGAGGGCCUAGCGUCUAUAAGGCAUAGUGUAGAAUUGAGCUUUUGAGCUAUCUAAAGUAAAGACCUAGGGGGCCUCAAGUUUUUAGUCUGCUCUUUGACUUGUUAAGCGUCAUUCAACCAUUCAAAAACUUGACGAGUAUUUUUGCUUUGUUA